AAUGCGUUCAUUCUGUCCAAUUGAAGGUGGAAAUAAAUGCUUUUAGGAGUGUCUGUCCAUUAUCAUUUGGCGCGAAGCUUUUGCAGUUGAGGAAUGAAGUGAAUGAAAACGAGGAAGGCAGAUAUUCAGGUAUUAUUUUCCCCGUCUGUGAUCAGCUAUGAAAUGCAGCAAGAAGAAAGUAUGCUUCAGUAUGGUUCCUGUCGUAAUUGCUGUUGCAACACUUGUUACAUGUGCUGCCAUAUUUUUUCCAGAAUUUGGAUCUGCCGUUAAACCAGCAGAAUCAGCGGACUUAUUAUGUGAUGGGAAAGAUUGCCCUGAUAUUCAGCAUUCCUUAGCAGCAGCCGUGUCUAGGAAAAGCUGCGAUAGUGAAGAAUGCGUUCUUGCAGCUGCAAAGGUUAUUCAGUUGAUGGACAGAUCAGUAGAACCUUGCGAUGACUUCUUCAACUUCGCUUGCGGAAAUUUCCACCAUCAGCAUGCUUUGCCAGAAGGGAAAACUGUUUUCAACAGCUUUCAUGCCUACGAGGAACAGCUGGAUUUGGACAUUAAAAGUAUUUUAGAAGAACCGAAUUAUGGUAAUGAUACUGAUUCCUUACUGAAAACGAAGCAAGUUUACAAAUCUUGUAUGGAGGUUGAUCAUGAAUCUUCGGCUCAGCACUUGCAAGAGGUGUUGUCCAGCAUGGGCAUCGGCGAGUGGCCUCUACUCAAUCCGGACUGGAAGGAAUGCCGGCUGGAUCUCGAGUGGAGGAUGGCGAAACUGAAUGCCAUUGGAAUGUCCUCUCUCGUCCGACUGGAGACGUUUUUCAGACAGGAUGCCGAUUACCGAUUGGAAGCAGCUAUGAGAAUUGCUCGCCCUCUCGUUUUUGUGAACGACUGUUCCGACGAAGACGCCAACUCAACAAUGAUAUUGGAAAAAGUAGUGGAACACAGAAAAGCACUCAUAGCAGUAUUGGAAUUGCUUGAUGUAAACGUAACCGAUGCUGUAGAAGCUGAUAUAGACGAAUUAUUUAUUUUCGAUCAUGAUUUCUGCAAUGCUACCCAGAAAUGUUAUAAUAAUGCAGAAGAUGCUCCAAGAAAAGGAAAAGAAAGAUUUACCUUGCACAAAUUAGCAGACGCUGCUCCUCAAAUAAAUUGGGUCAGGUGGCGAAAUAUAGUCUUCAGUGAACUCAGACUCAAUUUUCCUCACGAUAAGGAAGAUAUUUACGUUCAUCAAAUAGAAAACUGCAUCGAAGAUCUAGAUGGAUUGUUGCGGAAAACUCCAGCAAAGGUUCUGUCCAAUUAUUUGGCUUGGAAAUUUGUUUUAACUCAUUUAGGGUAUUUGGGAGCUCCUUUUCGCCAAGUUCUUGAAAAUCAUCCGUCUCUGCCAGAAGAUGUAAGCGAGCAGUUCGACAUCGUUCCAAAGUAUUCCAUCCCCCUGUGGAAACAAUGUGUUGGUUACAUUAAAGGCCAUAUGCCUAUGAAUGUGUUGAAGGUAUAUCAUGAUCGUCUUGAGCAAGAAGGAGCUGAUGAAGAAGCAAUGGACGCAAUUUCAAGCACUAUAAAGAAUGAAUUUCGAAUCAUUAUGAAGGACACCAGAAGUCUUCUAGAAAACGAUCGCGUUAAAUGUGUGCACAAGAUUGAUAAAAUUCAAGUAUCGUUGGCGUAUCCACCAAAAGAUGAUAAUUUCUUUGCAACAUUUUAUUCAAGUAUGGGACCGGCUAGAAAUAAUUUCAUGAGAAAUGGAAUGGCACUGAGAUCUAUCAAAUUGAAAAAAUUAAUGGAAGGAGUGUCCACUUCAAAGUCUGAACAAGAUAUGGAUAUCCUUCUUCAGACGAUUUUUCCUCCUUUACAAGUUGCUCUUCGGAUGUCAUUUGAUAGUGAUUUCGUAAUUAUUUCUUUACCAUUGCUAAAGUCACUGGGAAUUUCUGAUACUUUACCAAAAUAUAAGUCAAUGGCGUCUAUGGGCAUGUUUCUGGGACAUGAAUUAAAUCAUGCAUUUGACUUAACAACUUUAGACCCAUAUCUGGGAUCGAACUGGACAACUUUCCCGAGUUAUGUACUACGACAGGUUCAGAGGAAGGCUCAGUGUUUUAUGAAAGUUCCAACACAUGGUAAUACUACGUCGAUGAUGAACGCUCAACCAACGAUCAUUGAAGACUUAAGUGAUCAUCAAGGAGUUCACCUUGCUUUCAAAGCUUAUCUGAGAUAUUUAAAUGAAGAAGGUGAUGAAGAAAUUUUACCAGGACUGCCAUUUUCAAAUGUUGAACUGUUUUAUAUUAACUUUGCACAGCAAUUUUGUGAAAUUCGAUCGACAGAUGAAAACGAUGGUGAUACUAGUCCUGGUCAUAAAAGAGUCAAUGAUGUGUUGAGUAAUUAUCCACCGUUUUCUGAAACAUUUCGGUGUCCCCUAGGCAAGCCAAUGAAUGCUCAUAAGUGUGAUAUCUUGUGGCACUAAUUCACAUCACAAAGAAUGUGAAUUUGAUUAUUUAAUAUUUAUGUAAAUGUUUGUAUAUUCUUUUUUGUUUCGAUACGUGACCAUUAAUUUGUUAAUGGUAUUUUUUUGUCACAACGAAGUAUUAGUGUGUAUUAUUUGCAGUCAAUAAAAAUGUUUCUUUGUAAA